GCGCUAGGGAAUGACCCUGCCCGGGGGCCCAGCGAGCAUGGCGCGGCCGAGAGGCGUGGGGCCCUGCAGCCCGGGGCUCGAGAGGGCUCCGCGCCGGAGUGUCGGGGAGCUGCGUCUGCUCUUCGAGGCGCGCUGCGCCGCGGUCGCUGCCGCCGCCGCUGCAGGGGAGCCCCGGGCCCGGGGGGCCAAGCGGCGUGGGGGACAGGUUCCUAACGGGCUUCCGCGAGCUCCUCCUGCCCCGGUGAUCCCGCAGCUGACUGUGACGGCCGAGGAGCCGGACGUACCCCCGGCCAGCCCCAGGCCGCCCGAAUCAGAGGGUGGCUGGCUCCCGACCGUGGGCUCGUCCCACCUGCAGCAGCCGCGCCGCCUCUCCACCUCAUCGCUCUCCUCUACGGGCUCCUCGUCGCUGCCCGAGGACUCGGAGGACGACCUACUGAGUGACAGCGAGAGCCGGAGCCGCGGCAACGUGCAGCUGGAAGCCAGCGAGGACUCGGGUCAGGCCAAACACUUUAACUACCCGCGGUCUACACAAAGGAGUUGCUCUAGAUCCACGUUAUGCAAGUGUCCCUGGAGCGGAGGGAGCGGCGAAGGGCGCCCCGCAGGCUCUGGUGGCUCUCGGACUGCCCCGAAGAAAAGCCACUGGCAGAAGAUCCGGACCAUGGUGAAUUUGCCCGUCAUGAGCCCUUUCAAGAAGCGCUAUGCUUGGGUGCAGCUGGCUGGGCACACGGGGAGCUUCAAGGCAGCGGGCACCAGCGGGCUGAUCCUGAAGCGCAGCUCAGAGCCGGAGCGCUACUGCCUGGCGCGGCUCAUGGCGGACGCGCUGCGCGACUGCGUGCCGGCCUUCCACGGCGUGGUGGAGCGCGACGGCGAGAGCUACCUGCAGUUGCAGGACCUGCUCGACGGCUUCGAUGGGCCUUGCGUACUUGACUGCAAGAUGGGAGUCAGGACUUACCUGGAAGAGGAGCUGACCAAAGCUCGCGAGCGGCCCAAGCUGCGGAAGGACAUGUACAAGAAAAUGCUGGCGGUAGACCCCGGGGCGCCCACUGAGGAAGAGCACGCGCAGCGCGCAGUCACCAAGCCGCGCUAUAUGCAGUGGCGGGAAGGCAUCAGCUCCAGCACCACGCUCGGCUUCCGCAUCGAGGGCAUCAAGAAAGCCGACGGCUCCUGCAGCACCGACUUCAAGACCACGCGAAGCCGGGAGCAGGUGAUUCGCGUCUUCGAAGAGUUUGUGCAAGGCGAUGCCGAAGUGCUGCGGAGGUAUCUGAACCGCCUGCAGCAGAUCCGGGACACCCUGGAGGUAUCUGAGUUCUUUAGGAGGCACGAGGUGAUUGGCAGCUCACUCCUCUUCGUGCACGAUCACUGCCAUCGCGCCGGUGUGUGGCUCAUUGACUUCGGCAAGACCACGCCCCUUCUGGACGGCCAGACCCUGGACCACAGGCGGCCCUGGGAGGAGGGCAAUCGUGAGGACGGCUAUUUGCUGGGGCUGGACAAUCUCAUUGGCAUCCUGGCCAGCCUGGCUGAGAGAUGAGGCUGGGCCCCUGUUCCCUGGCUGACUGGCGGGUCUAACAGACGGACCGGUGGCUGCGCCGCGCCAGUGCAUGCUGGAGAGAGACGGAAACCCCGCGGUGCGGGGCGGUUCACACGGUCCUGCAGGGCCAGGUGCCAACCACUAUGGGCGCUCUGCACGCGCAGAGAGGGGAGGGGGUCUGUCCCCCACGCAAGCCCAGCGUUCUCAGAGCCAAUGACACUGACCUAUGGGGUGAGGGUGGGGGGCGUAGAGUGGGACAAUGGGCUUCCUCCUCAGCCCAGCUCUUCUGAGCAGACUAAGUACCUCUCCAGAGAGGCCAGAUAAUGCAUUUUAUUUCGCAGGCACUAGCUCUACUGGUCUAACCUCCCACACUACAAUGGACUUACUCCCUUUCCCAAUAAAACUCAAAG